AUGAGACAACAAUAUCUGAUAGUUCUCCACAUAAUAAUAGUUUUUAUUCCAAAAUGUUUUGUAUUCAAUGAAGAUUGUUUAUUAUCACAAUGGUCAUCAAAUGCAACAACAUUGAUUAAUUCAACAUAUUUAAAUGCACCUCGAGAUAUCUAUGUCGAUAAAAAUAAUAUCUUAUAUGUAUUAGAUACAGGCAGUGGUCGAAUACAACGUCUUGGUUCCAAUUUAACUCUGGAAACAACAUUUAUAAAUGUUACAGCUAGACCAUUAUUCAAUUCUCGCUCAAUAUCUUCUGCUGCUAUCAGUGGUGAUUUAAAUGGAAAUAUUUAUAUUCUCGAUACAGGUAAUGCUCGUGUAAUCAAAUGGUCAUUAGAUAAUAUGAAUGGAACCGUUGUUGCUGGUGGAAAUGGAUAUGGUAAUGCUACCAAUCAAUUAAAUUCACCUGAUGGAAUGUUUAUUGAUGUUAAUACAUUAUUUAUUUGGAUAGCUGACACAUAUAAUAGUCGAAUUGUUCGAUGGGAAUCUCCAUCAACAGGUGUAUUUUUUUAUGGAAGUAAUGGAUCAAAUUCCGAUCAAUUUUAUCUUCCAUUUGGAUUGUUUGUUGAUACGGAUGAUUCAAAUACAUUGUAUGUUGCCGAUACAUAUAAUCAUCGAGUUCAAAUGUGGAUGUCAGGAGCGACGAAUGGUACAACAGUAGCUGGUCAAACAGGAACAUAUGGAAUUGGUCCGAGUGUACUUUAUUAUCCAGUAACAGUUAUUGGAGAUAAAAAUCAAAAUUUAUUUAUAUUGAGUUCUGGAACUGAUUCAAUUAUGAAAUGGAAAGUAGGAUCAAACAUGGGUGUUCUUAUCGUUGGAACUUACUCAUCUGGAUCAUCAUCAAAUCAAUUAUAUUUUUCAUAUAACUUUAAAUUUGGUCCAGAUAAUUCAAUUUUUGUUGCUGAUACUGGAAAUAAUCGAAUUCAAAAAUUUGCAUUUUCUUGUGUGAAUGUAACAAGUAUAACAACAAUGAUGACUACUAAACCAACAUCAACAGUAACAAGUCGCACAGCAAGUUCAAUUUUAACAACAUGUUUAUUCAAUUCGACAAUAAUGUCAAUGACAACAAUUCAACGGAGCUCAUCAGUUUUUAUUGAUUGUUUUCAUUUUCAACGGUUGUCAAUAAUCUUUUCAUCAAUUUUUAUUUUAAUAAUUAACAAGUAA